AGUGCAGGUGGGGAGGCCAUGAAUGAAAAUAAAUUUCUGAACACAGACUCCAGCACAGGAUCAGUGGAAGCAACCGUCAAGCCAUUGCCAUUUAAAGAUCCAAACUUCAUCCACUCCGGCAUUGGUGGAGCAGCAGCUGGCAAGAAGAACAGAACUUGGAAGAACCUAAAACAAAUUCUUGCUUCUGAAAGGGCAUUGCCAUGGCAACUAAAUGAUCCUAGCUAUUUUAGUAUUGAUGCUCCUCCCUCCUUUAAGCCUGCCAAGAAGUAUUCAGACAUUUCAGGACUUCCGGCAAAUUAUACAGAUCCCCAAAGCAAGCUGAGAUUUAGUACUACUGAAGAAUUUGCCUAUAUUCGGAUGCUCCCUUCAGACGUGGUUACAGGAUACCUUGCUUUAAGGAAAGCAACAAGUAUUGUUUCCUGAAGAGACCAAAUGCUGUUGUAUAUCACUUGUGACCAGUGCUAAUUCUCAGAAUCACGAUGGAAACUGACUGCGGGAUUGAGGUUCCUUAAAAAUAUUCAUUCAUAUCUACAUCUGGAAGUAGUUGAUGAUACAUGAAUUUAAAAGAACAUACGGUUUGGAUAAAUACUGAUAUUUGUUAGUUUGCCAACUUGUAAGUAAUUUGGUUUGGUCAACAAAAUAACUUAAACGUUAAGGAUAUGGUCCUGCAUCCUAACACACGAGUUAUAUUAAUUUCAGUAGGGCCAAGAUUUCACACCCACCCUGUAUAUUUUACGUACUACUGUGGUUCAGAAGAGGAAAAAGUCAUCUGAAUAAAGGAAAAGGUACCAAGAUAUGCCAGCUUCUAAACCUGCCAUGCAAACACGCUUGCUGCUUGGCUAUGGAGAAGUUUUCCCCACCUGUAAAAUGAAGCUAAAACACUAAGUGCUGCUAUUGUGAUGAGUGAUGAUGGUCUUAAGCAUUGUGGAAAUGAACACCUUCAUACAGAUAUUUAAACUGCAAGAGCUGUCAGCAUAAAUAAAGUUGGACUCAAACUUGUUUGAGUAAACCAUCCUAAUGAAUAUGCAUAAAGGGACCAAUUCAAAAGGUAACUCUAAUGUGACACAAACUUUCAAGUGCUUCAUUUUACAACCUGAAGUUUCUUCUACCUCUGCUUUCUUGUACUAAUUUCCAGGAUUUCUAAAUAAGCAUGCUAAAAAGGCAAGAAUUCCACUAUGCAAUGACAUUCUGCCACCCAAAUGGUCUUCAGCAAGGCAAGACCUCUUUGGUCUGUACACUGUGAGGUACCUGAAGAGUGACCGAUAGCAACUGAACACUGUCAUCCUUUAGAGGAAGGAGAACAAAGGAGAAUUUAGACCCCUAUCUAGGGAGUUGAGAAGUACUUGCUGAAGUAGACUGAUUUCUGAAAAUUCUGCUGAGGAGGAAGCGGGCAACGUUUUUCUGCCGUUCUUUCUUUUCGUCCUCUUCCUUUCGACAGGUCACUGAUUUGUUUUCGUCCCACUUCCGUGCCUUUGUCCCAGCCUUAGCUGCCUGUCAAGUUUUAAUUUCUUCAUCUGGACACCAAGUGCAGUAUCAGCCAUUCCCAGCCUCCAGCCACACGGUCUGUGCCAGUUCACUGCCAUUCUCCAUAGCUAUGGCACUUACCCUACUUAACUCUCUGAGCCAGUGGGCAUUGGCCAGAAGGGGCACGAGGCAAGUUACCAGUUGUUGUGGGAACGCUGUCUUCUGCGCAUGCAAAACUACCAAUGGCUUAAUAGAAGUCUUGUCCCAUAGCUUUUUAACUACUAGAUUGUCCUGGUUACUGAGGAGCUGGGCCACUGAGCACUAGUUAACACAGCAGUCCUCAUCUCAUCCCAGCUCUACGGACAUUGUCAUGUUGUGGAAAUCACAUCUUCUCCGAGCACACAAGAAGCACACAGCGGCAACUAGUUAAUGUCUAAGCUGCAUCUUGAAUGUACAUUUCUAUAGAAAUGAUAAUUAGUACAGAUUUCUUCUCAUUGAACGAAUGAAUAUGCAGAGUACUAUUAAUGCUAGUUUAAUUUCAACUCCAAAACAGGGGGAAAAAAAAAAAAAAACACCCUCUUAAUAAUGGGACACAUUGUUUACUCAAUGUAUCUGGGACUCAUUCCUGAGCUUUGGUGAUCUAAUAUUUACAAAGUAAUUUUAAAAGUCUUUGACAGGCUUACAAUAGAUCCUUCAAAGCCCUGGAUAGCAGAUAAUGCUACAACUGUAUCACAGAACAAAAAAUAAUAAGACAGACUAUCUCUCCUCGUGCCAGUAAGCAUCCAAGCUACAUUCGCUUUGCAUCCGAGUUUUAGAUAAAUGUUUUUCAUUUACUUUAUGUACUGAAAACAUGUUUAUAAGAUAAGCUUAACUUUGAUAUGAAAAGAAAACACGUAUAACUGCUGUAAGAUUCAUUUUGCUUUAAAUAAGUAGACAGCAGCACAAAAAAUUGGAUUUCGCCAGCUUGUUCUCUCCCACAAAUAUUUUUAACAUUCUUCGGGAAUGACUGUUUAGGAAGCCAGGCUCAGAGGUGCUCAUAUAGGUUCCAUGCCCUCCUGCGUGCUAUGUUGUUACUUUUCUCAGCUAAUUUCUGCUGUGCAGUAUUUAUUCAUCCAGUUUUCAGAACCUGUGUGUCUUACUGAAUAAAAGGAAAGCAGGAAAGUACACACAGAGUUAGAAUUGGCAAAAAUGCUAAUGGAUACUCUCAAUACUUUCUAUCCAUGCAACGGCUGCUAGAUUCCCCUUUUCCUUCCUUGCUUUUCCCUUUGUUAGUUACUAGCUUCCCCGGCCCCCUUAGUCUGUAGUGCCUCACUUGAGAAUCAGCCACUGGAAUCAUUCAACAUUACAUCGAACAACACCAGUUUACUGUGUGGAACAAUCAAGAUGUAUUUGCUUUAGCAGGAAGCGGAGGACAGAAAAGAUCUAGUAGCCAACACAUACAACUGUCAUUCAGUCUGACCAGGUUCUUUCUGGAAAUCACCUGUGGACCUGCUAUUCUCAUCUGUGGCUUAAUACCACAGAGAGCAGAACUGAGCUAGGAGAGCAGAACUGAGCAUUACCUGCUUUGCUGCGUAUAAGUCAAAAUACAGAUGAACGAGGAGCUAGUCUGUGCCACAGAGUAGUUUUAAAGUAUGUUUUUUUGCCAGCUUUAAGAGGUGAAAUUUGUGAAGUAUGUUUAUAUUUAAAAGUACUUAUCAAAGGUCAUAUAAACAUAAAUAACAAGUUGAAUUUAAAUGGCAAACAGGACAGAAGAAACGCAUUUGAAAAGAGAAGCAGCAACAAAUACCAUUUCAGACUUGGGGAGACUAGUACUACCGUCACGUAUGUAAAACGGAUUGUUUUUAAGGACUGUUUUGUUAAUGUACAGCCGUAACUAUCUGUUAAGUAUCUCCCAAAUGUGUUACUUCAUACAGAUCAUGGCUUCAGCCUCACAUAUACUUAUACAAAUAUAUUCUAUUAUAAUCCCCCAGUGUUAUGCCAGUAACGGCUUAAAGGAUGCCGGUUGCCCACAGAAUUCCCACCGACGUUAGUGGAAGGGAGAGCAGGAUCCUAAAAUCUCCAGGGCUCUUUCCUUGGCCGUUCACUGCUGUUUUGUGCGGCAGUUUUUGUUUUCCAUGGAAACCUUCCUGUCACAGCCUUUCCCUCUGCCUUCUCCUUACUAGGAAUGGGUCCUUCUGCAGAGCAGCAAAAUUCAGUUCAGAGAGGCCUUGAGCCAUCGCAGAGCCCUCUUCACUGGCCUCUAUUUCCUUGCCUUCUCCCACCACAGUGGUCUAGAUCCGUAUGGAUUUGCUACAUACAGGCCUCCGCAGAGGACAGAAGUAGCAGGCACAUGCAGGGACAUGCGUCUUGAUCUCUGACAGAGAUCUGUAAAUGCCAGAACUACCCAGCGCACAAGGAAGCAAAGGAAAGGGGAGGGUUUUUUUUGUUUUUUUAAACUCGUGAAGAAUAUUAAAGUAAAAACGAUCCAGUAUAGGGUUAAAAAGCUUUUGUAAAUCCUUUCUGUUAAGAGAAAGGCUCCUAUUCCCUAAGGAAAAACAUUUGAAUCAUGUAAAGAGUAAGUCAUCUUUAAUAAAUUAAGACAACACUAUUAUUAGAAAACCUACCAACAGGUUUUAAGGCCUCUUACAAUCUCUGACGGUGUACGUGGUUUACAUACUGCAAGGCAGGAGACAUUCACAGAUUUCAUGUCAGAUUCUGGGGGAGAAAGACUGACUUAGUGCUCUUUCUAGAAAGAGCAGUCAAGUGGUAUCGGUAGUACUACCAUACACUUCAGUCACACUAAGACAUGAGAAAAAUAAGGCAUUUCUGUGAAUUCUAAUGUAUGUGUAUCCCGAUUAUAAACCACUGUUUUCUGUCUGCAGAGGGGUGGGCAGGCUGUAGUAAAGUAAUUCAUUUUCAUGUAAGAAAGAAACAUUUUGUUUAAAUCCACAUGCUGUCUAUAAAUAUUGCUUGGCUUGGUUUUCUGUUAUCUGAGCAACUUAACAAGUCCAGUCGUUUCGGAUGAUUACACUAUUGUAAAUCGCAGCCUACAGACUGCAAUAGCAGUAUUCUCUUGGGAGACCUAAUAAUAACUAAUAAAUGGUGUUUAAGCUACUGGUAAGUA